AUGACAAAUAAAGGCAGUCAUAAUGAAGUCGUGCUCUUGACAGAUGAUGUAGGAAAUCGAACAAAAGCUCAAGAAGAAGGAUUAUUGGCGUUUUCAGAGCUGGUCGACAUUCUCGAAAAUUCAUCUAAUGCUGAAGGUGACAAGAAGAUUCUAUAUGAUGAAGGUUCAAUAUUAAGUAAUGUAAAUGGUGUAGAUACACAAAUUAUGAUUUUGGGACGUCCAUGUUUAAAUAGGGCAAUUCAAGGAGAUGUCGUAGCUGUUCAGUUAUUACCAAAGUCUGAAUGGCUUAGAACCCCUACUGCUGUUGUGGUUGAAGAAGAGGAAGAAGCAAAUGUAACUGCUGAUCUUAAAGAAGAUGGUGAACCUAAAGAACAGAACGACGAACUAGAGAACGAACCUUCACAACCUACAGGAAAAGUCGUAGGAAUUAUUAAAAGAAAUUGGAGACCGUAUCCUUGGGGCCAUUAUGUAAGAGCAUUGGGUGCUGCGGGAGACAAAUCCACAGAAACAGAGGUUUUACUUUUAGAACAUGAUGUACCAUUCCAAAGUUUCGCUUCUCAGGUUUUGAAAGACCUGCCUAUUGAAGGUGAAUCGUGGAGAGUUACAGAAGAGCAUUUUCAUGGUCGUGCCGACCUAAGACAUUUGAAUGUCUGUAGUAUUGACCCUCCAGGCUGUACUGAUAUCGAUGAUGCUUUACAUGUUCGACCACUUCCAAAUGGAAAUUACGAAAAUUUGAUUUACAUAUCUUUUGAAUCAGAUAUUGCUGAUGUCACACAUUUUGUCAAACCAUUCACUGCAAUGGAUGAAGAAGCUGCAAAUCGCGGAACUACCGUGUACUUGGAACUUACAGCCGAUGCAGAAAUAGUAAACGUAAAUUUCACUAAAAGUUUGAUCUCAUCUAGAGCAUCGUUAACAUAUGAAGAAGCGCAAAUACUUAUCGACGAUCCGCGCAAACAAGAUGAUUUGACUAAAGGACUCCGAAUUCUUAACCAAUUGGCUAAACAACUCCAUAAACGACGAAUUGAUCGAGGUGCUAUAACACUAUCAAGUCCAGAAGUCCGGUUCCAAUUGGAUUUUGAUUCCCAAGACCCUGUUGAC